CUGUACCGUUAGCAGCGAUAUAAAGCACCUACUUUCAGUUUCAAAAUUUGGCUUUAAGUGUUGUGAAUGUUGACAAAACAAAAUGCAAGUUUUUCUCCCCAUCAUGGCUUUUUUAAACACCAUCCUUGGGGCAGAAGAACAUGCAUACCAGCAGUUCAUUGGAUGUGGAUUUAACAAUGAAGGGCAAGUAAGCCGUUUCUGGCGCUAUGGGUAUGAUGGCAGAGACAUCAUGCACGUGGAUUUGGCGAAGGAAGCCGUGGUUGCUACCAGUGAACCAGGUCAGCUUUUAGCAGAAGAGAGAAAGAGCAAAGAAUACAUUAAGAGAAAAGAGGCACGACUAGUAAAGGUGUGUUCUGCUGUGAAAACGGUCUUCCUUAAGUCCAACAACUCCCUCUCAAGGGCAGCAAAACCUGCAGUAUAUGUGUCUUCUGGAGGAGAAAAGGGUCAGGAAUAUCUUAAAUGUGCUGUGCAUGGCUUCUAUCCAAACAUCAUUCGAGUACGUUGGAUCCAAAAUAGAAGGCCAGUCUAUUUUGGUGUCUCAACUACUGGAGUACUCCCUCACAAAGAUGGCACUUUCCAAAUGAUCUCCUAUCUUAGCCAUAGUAACGUGAGUGCGCAGAGUGUUACCUGUGAGAUCGAACACUUAAGCAUUGAUGGGAUACUGAGGAUAGCCUAUGAGGAGAAAUCUUUGCUUCUAUCAAAAAUCACAGAUAUACUUAAGGCAUUGGCUGCCUUUAUUCUUGGAUUUGCUUUACCAGUGUGCAUUACUGUACUAUUUAUAUGUAAAGGACAAAGGAAAGAAACGACAAAACCACCCGAGGACAAGAUAGAAGACACAAGUGAUGAAUCAGAAGCAUCUUUACCAUUGAAUUUAAUGAAUAUUUCUCAGGAAACAUAAGAUAUGUAAGGCUUGUGUGUGACUCCAAACCAUAUUAUUAUUAUGAUUAAUACUGCUGUUGUUAUUAUUGCCAUAGACAAGUAAGUUUAUUUUCAUAUUUGUGUAGAACUUAAACUAAUUUCUUUACAGGCAAUCACAUCUCCAUUAAAAUUAAAUGUUUU